AUGACCAUCUUGCAAGCUUUACAGCUAUGCAAAAAAACUUGCUUACUCCCUACCAGUAUUCAGCUUUUAAAACACAGCCGAUAUGUGUCUGUUACUUGUAAUCAGCCAAGUAGACUUGAAAGGCCACGAAAGGCACAUUUGGUUUUGAAAGAUGGAAGUUACUACCAGGGAUACUCUUUUGGCUUUGAAAAUUCUUCUGCAGGAGAAGUUGUGUUUAACACAGGCCUUGUUGGCUACCCUGAAGCCCUUACAGAUCCAAGCUAUCGAGGCCAGAUCCUGACCCUGACUUACCCCAUUGUGGGAAACUAUGGAGUGCCUGAUACGAAAGUAAAAGAUGAAUAUGACCUCAUGCUUAAUGUAGAAUCUGAACGAAUUCAGGUUGCUGGUUUAAUUGUGCAGGAUUAUUCACACCAGCAUAGUCACUGGAAUUCUGUCAAAUCCUUGUCACAGUGGUUGAAAGAAGACAAAAUUCCAGCUCUUUAUGGUAUUGACACUCGAAUGAUUACAAAAAAAGUCAGGGAUAUGGUAAGAAGAUAUAUUUUGUCAAUUUUUGCCUUGUUCUUCUACUGUCCCAUUCUUCUGUUGUCCUUUCUCUUUGCCCCGUUCUCCUAUGGUUCUCUCUCUGUCUUGUUCCCCCACUACAGACCUAUCUCUCUCCCUGCCCCGUUAACCCCCCCCCUCCCGUUCUCCUCGCAGCCUCCUCUCUCCCCAGUAGUCCCGUUCUCCUCGCAGCCUCCUCUCUCCCCAGUAGUCCCGUUCUCCUCGCAGCCUCCUCUCUCCCCACCUCCUCUCUCCCCAGUAGUCCCGUUCUCCUCGCAGCCUCCUCUCUCCCCCAGUAGUCCCGUUCUCCUCGCAGCCUCCUCUCUCCCCAGUAGUCCCGUUCUCCUCCCGUUCUCCUCGCAGCCUCCUCUCUCCCCAGUAGUCCCGUUCUCCUCGUCCUCUCUCCCCAGUAGUCCCGUUCCUCGCAGCCUCCUCUCUCCCCAUAGUCCCGUUCUCCUCGCCUCCUCCUCUCCCCCAGUAGUCCCGUUCUCCUCGCAGCCUCCUCUCUCCCCAGUAGUCCCGUUCUCCUCGCAGCCUCCUCUCUCCCCAGUAGUCCCGUUCUCCUCGCAGCCUCCUCUCUCCCCAGUAGUCCCGUUCUCCUCGCAGCCUCCUCUCUCCCCAGUAGUCCCGUUUCCUCCUGCAGCCUCCUCUCUCCCCACCUCCUCUCUCCCCAGUAGUCCCGUUCUCCUCUCCUCUCCCCCAGUAGUCCCGUUCUCCUCCAGCCUCCUCUCUCCCCCAGUAGUCCCGUUCUCCUCCUCCUCUCUCCCCAGUAGUUCUCCUGCAGCCUCCUCUCUCUCCCCAGUAGUCCCGUUCUCCUCCUCCUCUCCCCCAGUAGUCCCGUUCUCCUCGCAGCCUCCUCUCUCCCCAGUAGUCCCGUUCUCCUCGCCUCCUCUCUCCCCCAGUAGUCCCGUUCUCCCUCCUCCUCCCCCCAGUAGUCCCGUUCUCCUCGCAGCCUCCUCUCUCCCCAGUAGUCCCGUUCUCCUCGCAGCCUCCUCUCUCCCCAGUAGUCCCGUUCUCCUCGCAGCCUCCUCUCAGCCUGACUCUUUUUUACUCUUUAUGCUUUCUCUCUUUAGCUCUUACCUCAAAUUCCAUGAUCCAAACUGCAGGAAUCUGACAGCUGAAGUCUCAACAAGUGAUGUGAAAUAUUAUGGUAAAGGGAACCCCUUGAAAAUUUUGGCUGUUGAUUGUGGAAUCAAACAUAACAUUAUCAGAAGUCUUGUUAAGCGUGGUGCUGAGGUGAAAUUAGUGCCUUGGAACUAUGAUUUCACCCAAGAAGAAUAUGAUGGCCUCUUUCUUUCCAAUGGCCCUGGUGAUCCAGCAUUAAGUACAGACACCAUCCAACACUUGCGGAAGGUGAUUGAGAGCACUAGACCAGAACCAAUUUUUGGCAUUUGUAUGGGAAACCAACUGACUGCUUUGGCUGCAGGAGCUAAGACUUAUAAACUCCCUCUUGGAAAUCGUGGCCAUAAUCAGCCUGUUGUAAAUGUUCUUAAUGAUCAGGCAUUCAUCACAUCACAAAACCAUGGCUUUGCCAUCGACAAUGCAUCUCUUCCCCCGGAUUGGCAGGUUUUAUUUGUCAAUGCUAAUGACAAAACAAAUGAGGGAAUUAUGCACAAAACCCGUCCAAUAUUCACAGCUCAGUUCCAUCCAGAAGCCUGGGGUGGACCCACAGACACUGAGUUUUUGUUUGAUUAUUUCAUGGACAUGGUGCGAAAUAAAGAACAGUCUGUCUAUCAUGUGAUGAAGCCAGUGUCUGCAGUACCUCAACCUGAUAAGGUAGGAAAGGUCCUUGUGCUAGGGAGUGGAGGACUUUCCAUUGGACAGGCAGGUGAAUUUGACUACAGUGGUUCUCAAGCUGUGAAAGCACUAAAGGAGGAAGGAAUCCAAACUGUUCUGAUGAACCCCAACAUUGCAUCUGUGCAGACGAAUGCUGAGGGCGAGAAACAAGCAGAUAUUGUAUACUUUUUGCCAAUCACUACAGAAUUUGUGACAGAAAUCAUCAAGAGAGAACAGCCUGAUGGAUUGCUCCUCUCUAUGGGUGGACAAACUGCACUCAAUUGUGGUGUGGAGCUGUACCGAAAUGGGACCUUGAAAGAAUAUGGUGUCAAAGUAUUAGGUACUCCUGUUGAGACAAUUGAGGCCACUGAAGAUCGUCAAAUCUUUGCUGACAAGCUGAAAGAAAUCAAUGAGAAACUGGCUCCUAGUUUUGCUGUGGAAAAUCUGAAAGAUGCCUUGAAAGCUGCUGAAACUAUUGGCUACCCUGUGAUGGUACGAGCAGCUUAUGCCCUUGGAGGUCUUGGUUCUGGGGUUUGCUAUGAUCCUGAAUCUCUGAAGAAAGUCGUCAAUCAUGCCUUGGCUGUGACAUCCCAAGUCCUUAUUGAAAAAUCACUGCUUGGAUGGAAAGAAGUUGAAUAUGAAGUUGUUCGUGAUGCAAGAGACAACUGUGUGACAGUAUGCAACAUGGAGAAUUUUGAUCCACUUGGGGUACAUACAGGGGAUUCUAUUGUUGUGGCCCCAAGCCAGACAUUAUCGAACCAAGAAUAUCAUAUGCUGAGGGAAACAGCAAUCAAGGUUGUUCGACACUUUGGAAUAAUAGGAGAAUGUAACAUCCAAUAUGCUCUGCAUCCAAAAUCUUUGGAAUAUUGCAUCAUUGAAAUUAAUGCUCGACUGUCCCGAAGUUCUGCCCUUGCCUCCAAAGCCACCGGUUAUCCAUUAGCAUUUAUUGCUGCUAAAUUAGCUCUUGGUGUUCCUCUACCAAGCUUAGAAAACAACACAACACAAAUGACCACGGCUUGUUUUGAACCCAGCCUUGAUUAUAUCGUGGCCAAAAUUCCCAGAUGGGAUCUUGACCGUUUCCAACAUACAUCAAAAGAGAUUGGUAGUGCUAUGAAAAGUGUUGGUGAAGUGAUGUCCAUUGGUCGAACAUUUGAAGAAAGUCUUCAAAAAGCUCUGAGGAUGACCCACCCUUCUAUUGAGGGAUUCACUCCCACACUUCCUGCAGGGAAGCAGUAUCCUCCAGAUUUUAACCUUGAAGCCAGUUUGCGAGUACCAAACAACACCAGAAUUCAUUCCAUUUCAAAGGCUUUCCAUGCUGGCUACAGUGUUGAUGAAAUCCACAAACUGACUCAAAUUGAUCGAUGGUUUCUCCACAAGCUGCUCCGAAUUGUCAAUCUUGAAAAAGACAUGUCUUUUACAACUCCGGAAACUAUUGAUGAUGAGAUGUUCAGGUUGGCUAAGCAAGCUGGGUUCUCUGACAAACAAGUCGGCAAAAUACUGGGUAUUAAUGAAGAUCAGGCCCGUAAACUUCGCCUGAGCAAAGGAAUCAGACCCUGGGUGAAACAGAUCGACACAAUGGCAGCUGAAUAUCCUGCUAAGACAAACUAUUUGUACUGCUCUUACAAUGGAAUGGAGCAUGAUCUUGAAUUCAAAGAACCUGGCACCAUGAUUCUUGGCUGUGGACCUUAUCAUAUUGGAAGUAGUGUGGAGUUUGACUGGUGUGCUGUUUCAGCCAUUAGAACUCUGCGAGAGUUAAAUAAAAAAACAAUUGUUGUGAAUCACAAUCCUGAAACAGUUAGCACUGAUUUUGAUGAAUGUGACAAGUUGUAUUUUGAGGAGCUUUCCCUUGAACGUAUCUUUGACAUUUAUCAACAAGAGGUAUGCAAUGGAGUGAUUAUCUCAGUGGGUGGUCAAAUCCCCAAUAAUCUGGCUCUUCCGCUGUACAACCAGGGGGCCACUAUCUUGGGUACUAACCCCACAAUGAUAGACAAUGCUGAGAACAGAUCGGUUUUCUCAGCUGUUCUAGAUGAACUGGAAAUUGACCAACCAGAAUGGCGUUCUCUCAGUUCUUUGGAUGAAGCCCUGGAUUUUGCUGCUAGCGUGGGAUACCCCUGUCUUCUUCGUCCUUCUUACAUUCUCAGUGGUUCAGCUAUGAAUGUUGCUUAUGACCCGGAGCAAUUGCAGAAUUACUUGAAACAAGCUACCCAAGUUUCUGAAAAGUAUCCUGUUGUAAUCACCAAAUUUAUUGAAGGGGCCAAAGAACUUGAAAUGGAUGCUGUAGCUGACAAAGGCUAUGUUGUCUGUCAUGCCAUUUGUGAACAUGUGGAGAAUGCUGGUGUCCAUAGUGGUGAUGCCACUUUAAUCUUGCCCACACAAACCAUUUCUCAAGAGGCUCUUAAUAAGAUUCGUCAUUCCACAGCAAAGAUUGCACAUAAAUUCCAAAUCACUGGCCCAUUUAAUAUUCAAUACAUCGUAGCAAAUAAUUCUGUAAAGGUGAUUGAGUUGAAUUUACGAGCCUCACGUUCCUGUCCUUUUGUCUCCAAAACAACUGGUACUGACUUUAUUGCUACAGCUACUAAGGUAAUGCUGGGACUCCCUGUUGAUAUUGACCAACUGCCAACAUUAGAAAACCCACAAAAUCCCAAAACAUAUGUUGGUAUUAAGGCACCUAUGUUCUCCUGGCCCCGACUUAGAGAUGCAGAUCCCCUGCUUAGGUGUGAAAUGGCCUCAACUGGAGAGGUUGCCUGUUUUGGAUCGACAAAAUACACUGCCUUUUUGAAAGCUAUGAUGUCAUCUGGUUUCAAAAUGCCUCGAAAAGGAGGCCAUGUAAUGAUUGGUGUUCAGCAUUCUUUCCAUUCUAACUUCCUUCCCAUCGCCAAAAAACUUUCCGAUCUUGGUUUCAAGCUGUUUGCUACAGAAGCAACUUCCCAGUACUUGAAUACACACAAUAUCCAUACACAAAAUGUUGGUUGGGCAUUGGCAGACAACAGAGGCAAUAAAGACUUCCCUGUGGCUACAAAAUUGAUUCAAGAUGGAGAAAUUGAUCUAGUCAUAAACUUGCCCAAUCACCAAACAAAGUAUAUCAAAGACAAUUACCUGAUUCGCCGAGCUUCUAUCGACAAUGCCGUUCCACUUAUCACCAAUUUUGAGGUUGCAAAACUUUUAACCGAAGCGCUUUAUUAUGUUGGUGAUGUGAAAGCAACAAGCCUGUUUGACUAUCGCAACCCAAAAGCUAAACAGAGACAUGCUGAUUAA